UUAAUGGGGAAUUGAAAGAAUUGGACUUUGUGUAACAUUACUUUCUCUCUGAUGCCGAGUGGAGAGAGGUGAAGUCUGAAAUUGUCAUUAACUCCGCUCUGGGAUACGGAUUAUUGAUAAUGCAGCUGGCGGGGCAUCUUUUCGCUGCUGUCUGGGUGGCUGGACUUUUCUCCUUCAGCCUCUGCCAGGAUGACUGCAAGCGGCUGGACGGGAAACCGGGGAAGCCCGGCAAUCCCGGGAGAGACGGCUCGCCAGGAGAGAAAGGAGAGAAAGGAGAUCCAGCUCCGCAGGUGCAUCUGAGUGAAGAAGAGAUGGUUGCUCUGAAAGGAGAACAGGGUGAACAGGGUCAUAGGGGACAGAUGGGACUCCAGGGCUUUGAGGGUCUUCUUGGCCCAGAGGGUCCAGCUGGACCUGCCGGGCCAGACGGAGUCACGGCUGCCAAUUCUGGAGACGUCAAUUCUGGAGCAAGCAAGGUUGCCUUCUCCGUGGUGCGAACUGACAAGCAAAUUACCACGUACAACACUCCAGUGAUCUUCGAUAAAGCGAUUACUAACGAACAUAACGACUUCCACACUAAUUCAGGCCGUUUUACAUGCAGUGUAGCUGGGGUGUACUACUUUGUGUUCCAUUUUGUUUCUGAGGUAAAUCUGUGUCUGAAACUGAAGACAGACACCAAUCCUGUGGUGGACCUGACGUUCUGUGACUUUAACCUGCAAAGAAGGUCUCAGGUCUUGUCUGGUGGGGCCGUGCUUAAGCUCGCCAAGGGGAACAGGGUGUGGAUAGAACGUGUGAACCCUCAUAACAUGCCGCUGAAAGGAUUUGAAAGAAUCACAAUGAAAAGCGAAAUGUCCCUCGUGUUCAGUGGCUUUCUGAUCUUUAGUACUGACUGAUGUGAAAAUGAUCAAAUUCACAUUCAAUUCAGCUAAGAUGCAGCCUGCAGUUUCUGUUUUUUUGUAACACUUCACAAUAAGAGUCACAAAUAACAGUAAUAACGACAGUUAUAAACAUUAUAUGUCUCAACUAAUUAUUAAUUAACACUAGUUAAGACAGAGCAAAGUAAGGAAAGGCAAGAUUUUAUUGCAUAGGACUUUUUUACACAGAGGCAAUUCAAAGUGCUUUACUGAAAUAUUUGAGAAGUUAAAAAAGAUAUAAGAUAUUA